CAUUACAGACGCAGACAUGGAGGGGAUUAAUCCACACUUCACCGUGAGGACGGCUUUCAGUCUUCUACUUCUGGUCCUGCUUCAGUCGUCCACAGAGGCCCAGAUCUGUAUUCAACCUGAUCUUGUCAGAUUUCCUGAAAACAAUACCAUUGGUGAAGAAGUAGUAACAAUUACCCACGAUCCAGAGGUGACCCUCAGCAUCGAUGCUCAGCCAGAGGGCGACCCGUUCCGGCUCGUUGGAAACAUACUGCAAGCUAAUAAAGUGUUUGACCAUGAGUCGGACGCAGACACAGGACCUCACGUAGUCAGAAUCCUCUGCACUGCCCCUGACAGCACGUUUCCAAUCAAUGUUAUAGUUAUUGUGGAUAACAUCAAUGAUAAUCCUCCUAUCUUUGAUAAGAACCCCUACAACACCGAGGUCAAUGAGUUGGCUCCUGUAGACACAGUUGUGGACACCUUCAUUCCAACAGACGUCGACUCUACCACGUUUUAUUUCACACUGACAUCGAGCUCUGUAGAGAAUGCCUUCAAAAUACAGACCUCUCCAAGCCGUGAAGCCGUCCUCCUGGUUGAGACGCUUCUUGAUUACGACAAAGUCAAAAAUGUCCAACUGGUGUUAGAAGCUCAGGACAUGACACCAGGAAGGGCUGGUCAGCCAUACACUGCCACCACCACCAUCAAUGUUGCCAUCAAGGAUGUGGAUAACAGACCGCCGUGGUUCCAGCCCUGCACCAUGUAUGACAUCGGCGGGGCUCUGGUCUGCCAAAGCGCAGGCUACUCCGGCUCAGUGGAUCUAAAUGAGCAAGAGGAUGGUAUUUUAACUCUGAAACCAGGACCGCUUCAUGCCAUCGAUGGAGACAAUGGGAUAGAGGAGGAGAUCACAUAUUCCUUUGUGGGCGGAGAGGAUGGAGGCGGUCUUUUUGCAAUAGGUGCAAGUACGGGAAACAUCACUAUGCUGAAACCAGCCACUGAGGUGGAGAACAUCACAUUAGCCGUGCUGGCUGCCCAGAAGAUUAACAGACAUCAGUUUGCGACCACCACGGUCACGAUAAGUGUUCGGGAGAAGAGCUUACACCUUCCACAGUUUCAGAAGCCUCGGUACGAAGCCGUCGUCACUAAGGUCGGAGCCAUGGCGAUAGAUCUGGACAGCGAAGGCGAUCCACUCCAGUUCCUCGCCACAGAUGAUGACUACCUUUCCACUGAGGGUAUAAACCCCCACAUCACCUACUCCAUACCUGGCAACAGUGAUUUCUCCAUCAUUAACAGAUAUUUAUUCUUGACAAAGGACCUCCCAGACUCCACAUUGUCUCUGGAGGUUGUGGCAACUGACACUUCCAACGACGACACAGCCAUAGCUGAGCUCUCAGUGGAGGUGAAACUAGGUCUCACUACCACCAGUUUGCCUCCGAGCACUACAGAUGUUACCGUCUCAACGGCUUUAACGGACUCAACCACAGUCAGCCAGACCACUAAAGAUACUGCCUCCACCACCAUUGCAUCCACCAGGACCACUGCCCCCAGCACGACUGGUGAAGGCACCAGCUCCACCACAGCCUCCAGUAUGACCACUGAUCCCAGUCUGACCAGUGAGGGAACGGCCACCCCAGCCAGCACAGAUAAGCCUUUUACAGUGACCGUACCAUCUGGAGGCUUCGGACCAGGAGACAUGGCAGCGCUUGGUGCAACCCUGGGUGUCCUCCUCUUCAUCUGUCUGGUGGUCAUCGUGGUUCUCGCCCUGCAGCUUCGGAGAGGAAAAGCUGACUGGAAAAAGAUCUACGAAACCAACAUGUUCAGAAGCACGAUGGGUCAGGGUUCAAGCGGGCCAAAGGAGGGCAUCCAGUACACCAACAACGCCUUUGUCAACGAUGGAGACGGAGAUGAUCCCAAAUCUUUAGAGGAUCUAAAGCUGGAAGACGCCAUCAUGAAGUCUACAGCGGUGCCGCUCCACGCCCUCCUCCCUGACAACACCAGCCUGGAAGGGUCAGAUAAGGGCGACGAUAAGGAGGUGAAACCCAUCCUGACCAAAGAGAGGCGCAUGGAUGAUGGAUACAAGUCGGUCUGGUUUAAGGAGGACAUCGAUCCAAACGCCAAAGAGGAGGUGGUCAUUAUCCCAGACAGCAGAGAGGACGACAGCGAGGAGGAAGAAGAGGAUGCAUCAUCCAACGGCAAAGAGGAGAACGAUGACAACAACGAGGGGAUGAAAACCCCAAGGUCGGUCUUUAAUGAAGCAGAUCUAGACAGUGGACUCGGGGUGAAAAUGGAGGAUCCAGCAGAGGACUCAGACGACGUUGAUGAUUUAACCCUAAAUCUGUGAAAGGUACCUAGUGGAAACAAUACAGAUUACACGAACCACCCAUAAUAAAAUGUAAUGAUGUUUUAUCAGUCCUGUAAAUUACGUCAGAGUUGGACAGAAGUCCAGAAGCACAAACCGAGGACUGAACACACCUGAGAGGAGAUAAGACAAAGUCUGAAGGAAUCUGAAUUAAUUUAACAACCUCUUCCUGUUUUCAGAUUUUAAAUUAAAUCAUUUAUGGCUUUUAUUUUAUAUGUAAAUACUUACCUGUCAUAAUUAAUAUACUGUAGAAUGUUUAUAGAAAUUUUUAUUAUGUAUAAGAAAAAAAGCGAGGCUGCUGCAACUGAUGAGGAGAAACAAAGAAUAGAGAGCCAUUUUUGUCAGAUCUCUUGUAGUCAUUGCUAGA